CAAAACUGUAACCGACCAUUUGACACCCUUGGAUGUGCAGAGAGAGUUUAGAAGAAAACUCGUUUCGCUCGCGUGGCACUCCGCCGCCUGAUUCUCUAUCUCCUUCGUUCUCCUCUCAGAUUCAAAGAUAUGCAUGUAUUGGAGCCAACGAGCUUCGUCCACACAGAAGCUCUCCCUCUUCUUCUUCUCUCCUUGUCUGCUCCUUUCGAAUCAAAUGCCCCUCCUCUGUACUCCCAAAUUUCGGAGCAUAACAACUCUUCUAUGGAGUCGUCAUCGCUCCUGUGUCGAUACCCAUGUUUAUGAACUCUAUUUAAAUCUACUGUUAUCUGAUAUUCCAGGCUUUCUGAUUCCUGAAAUCCGUUCUCGAUCGGCUCUAGAUUAAAGAAAGUUUCAAUUUUUUUUUUUUACUUCCUUUUUUUAUAAAUCUGUGUGCGUUUCAAAAGUUAGGAUUAGGGUUUUUGACAAUUUUCUUUGGUCUUUUCUUAUUUGGGGUUGUUUUUGAGAUGGAAAUGGAGAGUUCUCGUAGAUCCAUUGAUAGGUCGAGAGAACCAGGUUUUAAGAAACCUAGGUUGUCUGAAGAGGUCGAACGAGAUCGUGGUUUGAAGGGCGUUGUCGAUCGUGAUCGAUCAUUUCAGCAGAGGGUUUCUACCGUUGGAAGCGGCCCCGGAGCUGGGUCCUUACUAUCGAGGUUUAGAACGAACGAGAAGGACGGGAAUGCGGAGAGAGAUGAGUCUGUUCGAGGAGUUUAUCCGCAACGGCAGCAUCAAGAGCUUGUCAGUCAGUAUAAGACGGCUCUUGCAGAACUGACCUUCAAUUCCAAGCCUAUCAUCACUAACCUGACUAUUAUCGCGGGGGAGAACGUCCAUGCUGCCAAGGGAAUCGCAGCCACUAUCUGCGCGAAUAUUAUUGAGGUACCCAGUGAGCAAAAGCUGCCAUCUCUUUACCUUUUAGAUAGUAUCGUAAAGAACAUUGGGAGAGAUUACAUCAAAUACUUCGCUGCCAAACUACCUGAGGUGUUCUGCAAGGCCUAUAAACAGGUUGAUUCUUCAAUUCAUUCUGGUAUGCGGCAUCUUUUUGGGACUUGGAAAGGUGUAUUUCCCCCUGUCACUCUUCAGAUAAUAGAGAAAGAACUUGGAUUCUCCCCUGCCAUGAAUGGUUCAUCUUCUGGUGCUCCAGUAUCCAGGCCUGAUUCACAAUCACAACGCCCACCACAUAGCAUUCACGUGAAUCCUAAGUAUUUAGAGGCAAGGCAGCGCCUUCAACAGUCAAACAGGAACUCUCAGCGUCCCCAAAGGGAAGUGUUAAGUGAGCCUGUUCAAGAGAACACUGGUGAGGCAUAUGGAGAUUAUGAAUAUGGUUCGGAUCUUUCGAGGCAUCCGGACAUGGGAACAGGGAGUGGCAGUGAUAGGCUUAGUGAGAGGGGACUUGACAAGACGUAUGGAGUGGGAAGCAGUACUGUGGACUCAGUUGUUGGCCAAAGAAAUGGGUCUGGUGCACAGCAUAGAUUUUCAAAAUACCAAGCAUCGAGACCUGCUCAAGCUGCUGCUCAGCUUCCGUUAACACUGAGCACUGCAAAGAAAAGUAGCAGAGGGAUGUAUAGGAACUGGAAAAAUUCUGAGGAAGAAGAGUACAUUUGGGAUGAUAUGAACUUCAGAUUGAUGGAUCACGGGGCCCGUGAUAGCUCAAGGAGAGAUGGUUGGACUUCAGAUGAUUCAGAAAAGCUGGAGGAAGAACACCUUCCACAACCUCGGAGUGAACAUGAUAUUGGGUCUAGGGUUAAUAGAGAAACUUCCUUGGAUUCAAAAUCCAUUACACAAAGAGGACAAGCAGCAUUUGGGUAUCGAACAUCACCGACAUGGUCAUUACAAGAGCCACACCUCUUAGAUAAUACCCAUACAAGCCAAACUUCAAUGGUUUCAGCUGGUUCAGAUUCUCGGAGUGGUACAUCUUUGACCAGGGCCGGUCUUCGUUCCCAGAUGGUUCCAUCAUCGGUAUCUGCUGGAGUUUUAGGGCAGCAACGGCAUCUUCCUCCAGGUUCUGCAUCCCCAUCCAGACAGUCUCACAUUCCCCAGCAUCCUCAUUCACCUUCAUCUUCACUUCAUCAGCGUCAACCAUCACAUGAUUUGUCUGAGCAAGACCGUCUGCAAGAACAAUCCUUUGAUCAGCCUGCUUUAAAACCAUCUCAGCUUGCAGGAUCAUUGAGUUGUGUGCCACAAGAGUCUUUCAACAUCCCCGUUAAUCAGCUUGGAACUACUCAAAAUUUGCAGUUAAAUCAAUCACCACCUCCCCAACAUUUACGAACACCUUCUCCUUUAAUCGCUUUUCCUCAACUAAAGCCUCAUGCUCCUUUCUCACAGCAGCAGCCACAGGCAGAUAAAUUACUGUCUCAAUUUUCUGGUCAGUCCCAGAAGCCACUGCAUCAAGGCCCAAAUUUUGGAUCUCUAACAACAGGGUCUUCUGUGCUGAGCCAUUCAAAUUGUUCUGCAGCAGAUCAAAUUGGAGAAUCUAAUGCUAGUAGUUUAUUAAGUGCAAUUUUGGAAAAGGGAUUACUUUCAAACAACUUAGCUAGUGGUGGUUUCCCCAACCUUAACUUCCAGGAGUCGGGUUCGUUGCCAAGUAGUAUGAAUAUACAGCCCCCUCUGCCAAGUGGACCUCCCCCUGUCCUCCAUGCUGCAUCCUCAAUUCCCAUGGUUUCGGAAGCUUCUUUAUUGGCUACGGUAUCCCAUGGGAAUGCAUCAACUAUAUCAGCACUCCCUCAGAGGACAACUGUGCGGCCUCCUCUGCCUCCUGGACCUCCUCCUCCUUCAUCUAUUGGAGGUAGCACAACAGUGCAGAUGUCAAGUGUAACUAGUGGUGCUCCUAAUUCUCUUUCAAGUCUUUUGAGUUCAUUAGUUGCCAAGGGAUUAAUAUCUUCUUCAACAACAGAGUCAUCAACUGUUCCUGCUACCCAGAUGCUGAGUCAAAACCAAAGCCAUAGCACUGGCCCAAUUACCAGUAGUUCCAUGUCAGUUUCCUCAAGUCCAGAUGCUGCGAUCAUCCCUUCAUCUUAUGGUAAUGAACUUCCUUUUACAGAAUCUUGCCCGAAGAGCACAACUAGCUUGUCUCAAGGCACCACAAGUGAAUCCAAUUCCAAGGGCCUCAUAGGUAUUGAGUUCAAGCCAGAGAUUAUCCGAGAACCACAUCCCUCAGUUAUCAGUGGCCUCUUUGAUGACGUUCCAUAUCACUGCAAGAUCUGUGGUCUUGGAAUUAGACUUGAGGAAAGACUCAAUAAACAUAUGGAGUGGCAUGCUUCAAAGAAAUCUGAACAAAGUAGUUGCAACUUGGUUUCAAGGAGAUGGUUUGCAAAUUUGGGUGACUGGAUUGCUGGGAAAGAAGGGCACUUUUCUGCGCCUACAUCUGCUGCUUCAAUUGAAAUUUCAGUUGAUGCAUUGGAUGAGAGUGAACAUGCAGUCCUUGCUGAUGAAAGCCAAUGUGUGUGUUUAUUAUGUGGGGAGCUGUUCGAGGAUUUUUACAAUUUUGAAAGAGAUGAAUGGAUGUUCAAAGGAGCAGUUUAUAUGACCCUCCCAGCUGGGGAUGGCAAUGGGGGAACUACUGGUGGGAGUGCUGUCCAGGGUCCCAUUGUGCAUGCAAACUGUAUUUCACAAAGUAAUGUUCAUGACUUGGGAUGGACUGAGCGCGUUAAAUUGGAACAGGCAGAUGGAUGAUGCUUCAAAGUUAUGAAUUCACACCAUUAUUGUAAUGAGGGUCGGAUGAAUAAACUAGCACAUGAUAUCCAGGUUUACCCUUUGUCCAUCAGGCAAAUUGGCUGGUACUUGAAAAUGGGAUUGGGGCCAAGCUGCUCCCCAAUCACAUCCGAUCCCUAGCUACUGAAGAAUCCCAACGUGGAAGCGGCUCUGCUAUUGGUGCAUCGCAUUUUCACCUUAAAGCAAAUGGCAAUGGAUAUCAUUAAUACAACAAAAGGAACUUAUGGAAGUUGGUUGCUUCAUUUUUCGUAGAUCCAAGGCUAAAGAGAAGAUUCAAUUGAUCUCAGCGGCUUCCUGGACGUGAAUAUGUAGUUCUUUGCUGUUGACAUUAUGGGUAUAUGUUGAGAUUUGUAUUCCAAUGCUUGCCUUCUGAUGGAGGUUCCUUUACUCUUUUAUAUUUUAGUAUUUCCCUCCCUUUUUAUUUUUGGAGGGUUGGGGAGAAUCAAGGGAUCGUGGACCCAGAGUGUAUUUUCCCUUGGAUCAUACUGAUGUUCAGAGAGUUUCAGAAGUGUUAUGCCUGAGGAAAAUUAUAAUUUUUUUUCCUUUUCUAUUGAAGCAACUAGACGGUGCAGUUCCUCCA